GAAGAACUUCCCCCCUUUGUGUCAGUUAGCUAAAGCCUUAGUGGGUUUGUUCGGCGCCAUACCCACGGGACUCAGCGGCCGUGCUGCUGUUGUGAACCUCCCUGGAACCCCUGGCAAGGAUUACUCCUACGCAGAGGUACAGUUGCAGGCUAUUCAUCAUCGGCUUGCACGGCACCACUCCCGAGAUUCAGCCUUUUUACGAGCCAUUGCCGCAGCCAUGGAGCCGUGGCGUUGCAGUUGUGGCCGUUUGAACAAGAAGACAGCACGAGUGUGUGGAUCGUGUCAGUGGGGCUAUGCACCACCACCCAGUCAGUGGCAGUGGCAGCAACCUACGUGGAAUGCCCAGUGGGACGAGAACCAGUGGGUGAAAUCUCCACGCAGACGAGAAGUUCAAUCGCAGUCUCAAUCUCCAAGAGCGAGGACAGCGAGCCCAAGGCAGCGAACUCAACAGCAGUCCCACAAGACGCGAAGCAGGAGAAAGAAUGGCAAGAACAAGCAAAAGCAGAAAGAUCAAGAGGAGGAGUUGGAGGAGCCACCAUGGGAAUGGCAGACACCAUCCCUGCCUGCUCUCCCUGCCUCUGCAUCCAGUCAGAGCCAAGCGACAUCGAAGAUCGAGCAGAAGUACAAGGAGCUUGUGCAUCAACUCAAAAAGACACCAGAGCAGCUCACACCCGAGGUGCAAGCGCUUGUGACCAAGGAGAUCGUGAGCGAAACUCAAGGAGCUGCCAAAUCGCUUCACAGCGUGGUGUCGAAGAUGGAAAAAGCCCAGAAAGCCUUGGAUGCCGCCAACGGUGCGAGGCUUCAGCUCCACAGUCGCUGGCGCACCUUCAUGGCAGCAGCGAUUCCAAGGUGGACAAAAUGGGUCGAGGACUUCCAGAAAGACGAUGCGGAGCUUCACGACAAGAUCAAGACAGCCAAGGAAUAUUACGACACUAUCAAGGAGGAGUAUGGCCAGCAGCAGUCGAGCUUUCAUCUCAAGAGCCCCAUCGAGGUGGAGGACGACGAGGAGAGCAGUGUCGAUCAAGCUGCGGAGAAGAUCAAGGAGAGUAUGGCCAGUAUGAUGCAAUCCUUGAGCGAUGUCAAGAACAAGGCGGAUCAAUUGCAUGCAGAGCAAGAGAAAACCGCCAAGAGACCCCGCCUCGAGCACACAGGCAACGAGGACAAGAUGGACGAAGGGCCGUCUUUUGGGGAGCCCGACAGGAGGUUAUCGCCCACUGAGGUCGACCAGAAGAGCACAGAGGAAUCGAGUCACCUUCGAUUGCAAUGUCGAGGACGAAGUUUCGUGGAUGCAGACCAGCAAGCCGACCACUAUGAGGACGUCAUCACAGAGGUGGCUUCCAUCAUUGGUGUGGGCAGACUUACAUUGGUCCAGAUUUGUGCUGAAGCAAUUGAGCCGAGUGAACGCUUGGAGCACUAUGGUGAAGCUGACCUGCAGUUUGAGAAGACAGACCUGGUCUCCGCCGGAGCAGAAAUCACGGGAAGUCAGUUCCACCGUGCACGACAUGGAGAUGCUUUUCUUCUACAUGUGCUACGCGAAGAGGAUUUACCUGCGUUUGAACACCUCACCUUUUCAGAUGAGCAAAUUCAAAUUGGACUGGCCGAGUUAUUAGCCAUUCCAAGGCCUACUGGGGUCGCCUAUGGCCCAGACUGGUACCACUCGUUGGAGGCUGCAUUCAAUGCAGGUGCGGCAGUUGAGAUGCUGGAGGAGGGCUAUGUGGCCUAUGUUCUCACUUGGUUUGUCGACGCUGCACGGAGCAGUUUUUGCCAACAUCCCAGGGUGGUGCGCAUCUAUGAGGAUCGACGACAAUGGAGGUCAGAAAUUCUUGGCCUAUGGCAGUUCGACUUGGCACCCAAUUGUCCAACAGAGCUGCAUUUUGUAGAUCCCGAACCACCGAAGACACCCUGGGAAAACCACAUCGCACACAUCAUCAUCACGCAGAGGGCGGAGCCUGAUCAUGCUGCGGUCCUCAUCAGCGCUGUCAGCUGGGAGGAUUAUCCAAAUGUCCACCAGAAUGUGCACUACAUGCCCAACAUGGCUUCCAUGCAGGAGAUCAUUGCCAGGCAUGCUCCCGAGCAUUGUCGUGGUAGGGCGUGCAGAGUACAUCGGGGCAACCAGUUCUUUGAGCACAUUCAGAGGUCGAGGAUUGGCAACGGUGACAGCAUUGAAAUUGACAUCAUGCCUCCACCGCGGCGUGAGGAAGACCACAUGAACAUGCUGCAGACUCAGGUGGCCAAAGUCAGAGCGAAAGCAUUCCCAGUGCAAAUAUCGCUUGAAGCCUCCAUUCCAGCAAAUGAUGAUGAGAUCAAAGAAGAUCACUACCUGCCAGAGGUGUUAGUCACCGAGCACCCUCCUACAGCAGACUUCCUCAAGCCUGAUGGCAUUAGCUUUCAAGCCUUGCCCGCGUCAUUGAGUCUGACAGCCACAUCCCUUCAUGCCCUUCAG